GCGUGAGUGGUUUAAGCAUGCCCAAACAUGAGUUGUGUGCGUGUGAAGCUAAUCAACAAACCAGGAGUUACCAUGGUAACCAGUCAUCUCUGUUUUUGGUUUUUGGUUGGAGUGACUUCGCUUCUCCUUGCACGGAACGUGUGUGACGGUUGUUCUUGCAAGAUGUCUCACCCCCAAGCACACUUUUGCUCAGCAGACUUUGUGGUUCUAGCAAAAGUGAAAAGUCUCGGGAAAAGUCACGACAGUUACAAAUCCUACGACAUUCGACUAAAGAAAGAGUUCAAGAUGACCAAAAAGGCACGUCAAGCAUUGAGCCAUGGACUUAUCUGGACUGCCACAUACGACUCUCUCUGUGGAGUUUCUCUCAAUAGGACCAAAUACGUCAUUACAGGAGGCGUGAACGGAGAGAAACCAUGGCUUUCCUCCUGCAAUUACUUUAAAGAGUGGUCUGCUUUGUCCAGAAAACAGAGAAAAGCGUUCCGGAAACUAUACCAACACGGCUGUGGAUGUAGGAUAAUAUCUUUCUCCAGACACAUGUUUGGGCAAGGCUUAGGGCCCGAUGGACUUCACUACUGUCCGUGGCAGACCUUUCGUGAAGAAAUGCUAGAUUGUCAAGGCUUGCACUCUGUCUGUAUACGAGACCCUAAAAAUGACAGCACGUGCAAAUGGCUACCUAACAGAAUGUACAAACGUUGCAUGAAACGACGUCAGAAAUGGUUGGAAAGAGAAAAGCAGAGAGAGCCUUAAAACGCCGCUAGGCGGCACUGUCAUCGAGUACUCGUCCAAAAAUCAUGGGUGAUGCACACAAGUAUUGUAAAAACACAGAAGUGUAACGCUUAUUUCCAUAUUCUUUAACUAUGAAACAGAAAUUUCAACUUGGAGACAAAGGAAGUAUUUUUUUUUCACAUGAGAACAUUUUAGUACAAAUAUUGUUCACAUUUUCGAGAAAAAAAAACAACAACUAUAAUUCUAGUACAAUAAAAAAAACGUUGGAAUUCUUAAGUUUAUUUACAAAAAUAUAUAUAUAAAUCAAUCAACAUUGAGGCAGUACGUAUCAUUACGACGAUUGGGUGUAAAUUAUUAAUACGAGUAAAUAUUACACAUUCUGGUUUUGCUGGUACGAAGUGAAGACUGUUUCAAGGCGUAAUUGUUUACUCAACCUUACCUUUAUUAUAUAUUCUGUUGCAACGUACAGAGAAAAUGUAAUAACUUAUCAAACCAUUUUUUAACAUUAAGAUAAUUUUUUAGAUAAAAUAUGGUUCAAAGUGGCAUUGCUUUUGUUACAUUUUUUUGCGUCCUUAUUUUAAUAACCUUAUUAAUAUUUCGCAUAUGGUCAUAAAAUAAGUGUACUUAUGACGUUUGAUACCGAUUUAAUGCGAGUAAAAUAUGCCUGCAAAACUCAACAAUUCUUGUAGCGUUCUGAAUAAUGUCGUUAAAACGUCUCUCUUUUUUUUUUUUCUUAUGAAAUAUUAUGGCCAAUUUCAUUUAAUUUUAAUAAAACGUUUAUGCCGUGCACCAGUAGAUGGCGAAACUACAUUUGUUAACUCGCAGAAUAGAUGUAACUAUUAUUCGUGACGAAAGGUAAGAUUUUAGGCAGAUCAAUAAAAAUUUCUAAGAAACUAAAUGAGAUCUUAGUUAAUAUAUAAUGGUUUUAUUUUGAAAAUUACAGAUGACUUCAUAAAAAAUCAAAGCUAUAAUUAAGUCAGAAUCCGAAUUUAAUUUUGAUACAUAUUUGUUACUAAGCUUAGGAUAUUUUUUUUAAUAAUGUAAAAAAAAAUUGAAGGUAUUUGUAUUUAAAUUUUGUUUUCGUUAAGUUUUGUCAAAAUAUCAAUUUGUUCAUUUUUGGUUAAAUAUAAUGUGUUUCAUUUACCAAAAAAUGUACUGGAUGUUAUGUUGUGUUUUACAAAUAGUCAAAU